UUUAUAUAAAAGCUUUUUAUCAAUAUGUUUGGUUGAUUUGUAUUGCUUUUUACUGUAGUACGUUGAUUUUGCUAAUGAGAAUCGGUUUAAUUAGUAAUAUAGUGUAUAGAUGCAUUGCCCACACGUAUACCUGAGCCAUACGUUACGCCCCGAGAUAUCGUAAUAAUGCAUAUGCGAACGUAAUAUUUUGGUGCAAUCUUUAUCAAACCCCAAUCUUAGUCAUGUGUAGUCGAAAAAUCUGAAUUUCAUAAUGAGUAGACAGCGGGCCGCGCGCUCUCUACGUUCGAUCUAGCGACUUGGCAACGCACUGUUUCGCUAUACACUUGUUAAAGAGUUAAUUUCGAUAUGGAAAUAAAAUGUUAUUAUCCUUCGGCCGGCAUUUCCCUUUGUUUUCUGUAUGAAAUCUGCCCUUUGUCCUUCGGUAGGGAGCGCUGAGUGCGCCGUGGUAUAGGAAUUUCGACUCUAGAAAAGUGCCAUAAUAUAUGUCGAUAUGUACGUAUACAUUCAUCGCUCUGGCCGAGCGUCGUUUCCGAAGCGCCUGUGUUCGUACAUUCGUACAUGGAGGACGUCAGUGUGCUGUGUGGUAGUUUGUUUAUAGUGGCCGCCGAGCGAGAGACGCCCGCACCGCCACCGUAAUAAGGCACAGAAUACUGUAAAGGUCGGCGGCCUCGUCAGUGUUUGACUAUCGAUCUUUGCGGUGGCCAAUGGCACAUGUCGUCGCGAUACUGCGCGGCCGUGCCUCGCCCCGCUCUGGUGAAAGCCGGGCGUUCGCUCGCCACAUUACACACACUAUAUAGUAACUGUGUAUAGUUAACUAUCUUAUCAUGCCGAAAUGUGUAUCGCUCACGCGCCCCCCUCGCAUCGUCCACAGCCGACUAGAUUUUGUUUUUAUUUUUCAAGGCACGAUAAUAAGUCCGCGGAGUGGCAGAUACGAUUCAAAUCAUGUUUUGUUGAGCGCUGUUUGCUCGCCGAUGAGCGUGACGGCGAGCGCGGGGGGGAGGGAGCCAGAAAUAGAAGUGCGGAUUGGAAACUAGCGACGUGGCAACGCCGCACCGCUCGCCACUCGCCCGUCCGCUCUCAGUGUCGGUUCAAAAUGGCGUCGGUGGGUGAUCGAUACCGUGGAAUUUGCGUUGAAAAUGUUCGAAUUUGUGAUCUAUGUGGUCGUGGGUCGGCAGGAGCUUCGCUCCAGGACCGCUGGGUGUGGACUCUGCACCCGGCCCCGGCUCCCGAUCCGCUCAAUGUGAACGGGUGAUGGGACCCCGCUGAUCACUGAUCAUGAUGAAGCGUACAGGCGUGCCCAGGCUUGGGCCUGACGAGCCUGCGCCCUUACCGCCCCAAUCUCCUGCCCAGCAAAUACAACAACCUGGAGCAAGUAACAUGCAUACAUUGGCCCAAUCGGCCCAACCUUCUAUUAUUGGUGCAACAGCGAUGCUGUCUGUAGGCGGCAGCGUAGGCGGAUUCGCGAGGACCGCCCCCCGUGCCUCCGGCCCCCCGGUCAUGGGGUACAUGAAGCCGGCAGUCCAGUACGCCGCGCCGAAACAACCGCCGCAAGUGCAGCCGCGGCUCAAGCAGCUAUUCGAGCAGCAGGCCAACCUACCGCCUGCGGCGGCCGCGGGAGGCCGAGUGUCGCCCGGUGCUGCUCCACCGGCCGCACAGUUCCAACGGCUGAAGGUCGAGGACGCGCUAUCAUACCUGGACCAGGUCAAGUUCAAGUUCAAUACGCAGCCGCAGGUGUACAACGAUUUCCUCGAUAUCAUGAAGGAGUUUAAAAGUCAAACAAAAUUCAGUAGCGGCCGAUACCCCAGCGAGUUUUUUGUUUCCAGUAUCGACACGCCCGGCGUCAUUACCAGGGUGUCGAACCUGUUCAAGGGCCACCCCGAGUUGAUAGUCGGGUUCAAUACAUUCCUGCCGCCCGGUUACAAGAUUGAAGUUCAGAGUAAUGGACAGGUCUCUGUGUCGAUGCCUUCACCGACUGGAAUGAGUACCGGCGGCGUUCUGCUGGGCGUGCACCACCCGCCGCCGCAGCCACAAUUGGUGCACUUGCUGCCUGUCGCACAGUCAGUGAACAGCGCCAUAGUCCACAAUUUGACUGUGAACGCGCCGCCGGCCAACACCCUGCAUCAGAUAUCACAAGCUCACCAGCAGAUCGAAGCUGCUGCUAUACAUCAUCCACCUGGCACGGUGCAGCCUCCGGCCGGCAGCGGUCCCCACCAGCCGGCCGCGCCCCCCGGCCAACCGGUCGAGUUCAAUCAUGCCAUCGAAUAUGUUAACAAGAUUAAGUCGCGCUUUUCACGUCAACCGGACAAAUACAAGAGGUUCCUGGAGAUACUGCACGCUUACCAACGCGGCCACCGCGACGUGAAGGAGCCCCAAGCAAAGCAGCAGACCGAGCAGGAAGUCUACUCGCAGGUCGCUAAACUGUUUGAGAAUCAAGACGAUCUACUGGCGGAGUUUGGUCAGUUUCUGCCUGAUGCUAAAGCAGUGACCAAGCCACACUACCCACCACACGCCAGAACACCGCCUUUGUUGCCACCACCGCCGCAACGUGUGGAGAGUGAAACGGAACGUUUUGUUAGCGCCCCGCCUGCAUCACCACCACCGCAUGCCCAUCUCGCGCAGCAGAUACCGAAGCACACAAGUUCAGUGUCGAGCAACGUGGUAACGCCGCCGUCGCAGCAUCACCAUCUCAAGAGAUCACCCAGCUUCACAUCCUCCAGCCAGAUGCCGGCAGGCCCGCCGGCCAAGAAGAGCCGUAUAUCAUCGGGCGGUGUGUGCGGCACAGGCGGUAGCGGGGGAGGAGGCGGCAGCGUGGGUGGCGGCGGAGGCGGCGGCAUACGGGAUGUGUCUCUAGCCGAAGCAGCGAAGGUGGCCACCCUGCAGGAUUUUAACUUCUUUGACCGCGCGCGCAAGGCUCUCCGCUCGCAGCGUGUUUACGAUAAUUUCUUGAGGUGCCUCCUUCUGUUCACGCACGAAGUCAUCUCGUCGUCGGAGCUGCUGUGCGUGACGAGUCCAUUCCUCCGGCGUCACCCCGAGCUGCAGAAGUGGCUGCAGGACUUUGUGGGGCUGUCGUCCCCGCCGCACACGCCCACCAACACCGGCAUACAUGUUGGGUACGGCAGCAACUCCGGCCUGCUGAGCUACGGGCGCAGCUCGCUGUCGGGCAGCGCGGGCGCCGCGCCGCCCGACAAGCUGCGGCUCGAGCCCGUCGGCCCGCUCGGCGCCCAGCUGCGGCACGACCGGCCGCAGGGGGACGCCGCUAUGGAUAUAGACCUGUCGACGUGCAAGCGACUGGGGACGUCGUACUGCGCCCUCCCACGGGACGCGGCCGCCCGCCGUUGUUCCGGUCGCACCCAGCUCUGCAAGGAGGUGCUAAAUGAUACGUGGGUUUCGUUCCCGACGUGGAGUGAGGAUUCGACGUUCGUGACAUCGCGGAAGACUCAGUAUGAAGAGUACAUAUAUCGCUGCGAAGACGAGAGAUUUGAGCUGGACGUGGUGAUAGAGACAAACGCGUCAACCAUCCGCGUGCUAGAAGGCGUCCAGAAGAAGUUGUCCCGCAUGAGCCCCGAGGACGCGGCCAAGUACCGGCUCGACGACUGCCUCGGCGGCCACUCGCCCACCAUCCACCAGAGGGCGCUGCGCAGGAUCUACGGAGACAAGGUGGCGGUGGACAUAAUCGCUGGCCUCAAGAAGAACCCGGUGGUGGCCGUACCCGUCGUGCUGCGGCGGCUCAAAGCUAAAGAGGAAGAGUGGAGGGAGGCGCAGAAGGGCUUCAACAAACAAUGGCGCGAGCAGAAUGAGAAAUACUACCUGAAGUCACUAGAUCAUCAGGGCAUCAACUUCAAGCAGAACGAUCUGAAAGCGAUGCGCUCCAAGUCACUGUUCAAUGAGGUGGAAAGCGCGUACGCGGCCAGGAGGCCCGGUCCGCACCUGAUCGUGGACUACAAUAUGCAGAGUCGGCAAGAAGCAAUAAAAAUAGUACGGGAUGCGGCGGAACUGCUGAUCCACCACGCCCGCAGACAGACUGCCAUCCAGAAGGCGGAGAAGCGACGCAUCAAGCAACUGCUCAGGAGGUUCCUACCGGAUCUCUUCUCGCACCCGAGGCAGCCGCUGUCCGAUGACGAGAAGGAUGAAGAAGAAAAAGACGACCCAGCGAGCCCAGAUAGUCCGUCUGGCGACCAAACGCCACAAGACGACAAGGCGACACCUAACGUCAAAUCGGAGAAACAAGAGUCGUCGGAGUCGGACAACGCGUCAGAUAAGAGCGGCCGAAACAAUAAGAACGAUAAGGAGAACAAACCCAAGAACAACAACCAUACGGACAGUAAAGACACAAAUGCGGCAAACAGCGUGAAACGGAACAGCAGUAACGAGGACUCUGUGAAGAUGGAGAUCAAAAUGGAACAAGAGGAGGAUGACUACAGAGACUAUCCGCCUAAUGAGGCGCGGUUCGUGUGCACGGCGCCGUGGUACCUGUUCCUGCGGCUGCACGGCGCCGUGUGCCAGCGGCUGGCCGGCGCGCGCCGCGCCGCCGCCGCGCUCGCGCGCCAGGACGCGCUCGACGGCCGCGCGCGCCCGCCCGCCGUCGCGCACGCGCUGCGCCUCAAGCCCAACAACCUACCAGCGGACGCGUCCUCCCCAUCAGAGUACUACAACGCGCUACUGGAACUAGUUAAAGGCGUAUUGGACGGAAAUAUCGACUCUGCAGCGUACGAAGAUGCGGCGAGAGAAAUGCUUGGCAUCAAAGCGUACCCUGCGUAUACGCUCGACAAGUUGGUGUCCAUCGCUGUUAGACAGUUGCAGCAGUGCGUGUCGGAGCCGUGGUCGGUCCGCGCGGCGGAGAUGUGCGCCCGCGGCGGCAUGCGCGGCGGCGGCGCCAGCUACCUGCGCCGCGCUGCCAGCUACCUUCGCGGCGACCACGCCGCCUUCCUCGUGCGGGUGUACGGCGGCGAAGAGUGUAAGGUGACGUUCGAGCUGCUAGAGGGCGCUGGCGAGGGGCGAAGUUCGCCGCACAACAACGACAACAGCCGACUCUCGCCGACCAACCAGUUGCAGUGCCGCGCGGCGGUGGGCGCGGUGGGCGCGGUGGGGGCGGCGGCGGCGACGAACGGCGCGGCGGCGAUGUGCGUGUCGGCGGUGGCGCGGCUGGCGGCGUGGUCGCUGUACAGCGAGCGGUACGCGCGGCCGGACGCGAGCGACGCGGCGGCGCGGCCGCACAAGCCGGUGUUCCUGCGGCGCACGGCGCGGCCGCGCGCGGCGCGGCGCGGCGCCGCCGCCGAGCGAGACCUGGCGCGCAACGCCGCCGCGCCGACAGCAUCACCCGCACCACCGCACGACGCCGCGCGCCGCCGCAAGCCGCCGCGCAUCAGCGACGCCACCGAGUGCACCAUCACGCACACGCUCAGGUUGCUGACGUCCCGGCCGCUGCAGCUGUACCGCGCGGGGGCGCUGUCGGCGGCGCGGACGGCGGCGCGGGCGCGGUCGGCGGCGGCGCGCCGCGACCGCUUCCACGCCUGGCUCGCGCAGCGCCGCCCGCUGUGAACCGGCCGCGGCACCGCACGCAGAUGUAGUGAUGUAGCGCUCGUAGGCCACGCGUCUAUCUUCACCUGCCCAUCUUUACACUACUGCCAUCCGUUGGCCACUUUAACAAGUGGACGACGCAACCGCAUCUAAACUGUGUCAGUUCUCAAUAUAGAUGUCGCUGAUUUUAAACUAAAUCAGAGCAAGUUAUAAUUAUUAAAAUUUUGGAUUCCUUACUUUGGGUAUUAUUUGAAGUGAAAUGUAUUAAUGGAUCUCAAAAUCGGAGGGGAUUGUUAUGCAGUCGUUAGGGGUCCCAGUGCCGGCAAUAUAGGGUCACAUUGACCUCCACGCUGUCUUUUACGAUAUUAUUUUUUGGUGAAUUCAUUAUAACGAGCCAAAUCCCUGACUUUACCUUUGCCUGUCUGUAAAUGAGAAAUGCCCUGACUUCAUCCUCAAUAGAGCUUAAUGAAAAUGUAAAAUACGAAUGAUUGAACCAACAAUAAGACGCUACAGAUGUCCAAUCAAAAAUUGGUUAAUUUAUGAAAUGUUUCGAUUUGUUAUUAAUUUCAUUUAGAGAUUAUUCCUGUAAUAAAUUUAACAAAACUUGAUUUCACUUUUAUUAAGUACUAUUUAUUAUUGAGUAUAAUACCGUGCUAACUUAUACCAUAGACAACUGAACUAUGUUUAUCCAUAAAAAAAAAUGACGCAUAGAUAAAGCUUAUCCCUGCUUUAAUUUUGGCGUAAAUAAGUCGGAAUUCGAGUAAGAGCCUUAGUGCUCUUAAGCUUAAAAUUCAAGCUCAUUUUCCGGGAUGUAGAGGGGGGGGGGACUGGCCCCUUAAAAAUAUACAUAUGUACUCUAAGUCUUUGCCAAAACUUCACUUAUAUCUUUUGUACUCUAAGAAAUUUCUUUGUGAAACUUUACUCAAAUCUCUUGGUGGGCAUCUGACAAUAGUGGGGUGGGCUGGGUCCACCCGGCUCCCGUUAUUUAUAUACGCCUAUAAGUAGCGAUAAACUUCAUCAUUAGUAGCACAGCACAUACUUGACGUAUCUCUCACUAGAGACGUAGUAUAAUUAUAUAGUGCAGCGAUUCUUAAAGUGGGUUAAAUGAAACCUAGGGGUUCCGUAGACUAGUAGUCACCAGGGGGGUGGGAAAGGGAUAGUAAUUGGGAGGUUAGUCCCCGUUGCUAUCAAUAAUUAAUUCGUUACGAUGGGCUAACUGACAUCCCCUUUCAUCCUCGCCUAUCACCUCUCACUGGUGCCCUGUCAGUGUAUACCGAUAACGCAGGCGGGGUUACCAUACCAUUUACACCCAAUUAAAGUAGUCACAGAGAUCAGCGAAAUUAUUUGUACAGUGAAACAUUCUUUGAAUUAAAAAUUAAAAGAAACUAUAAAAGAUUUGUAAUAAAAGCUUUUGUUUUUAUUUAAAUUAAAAUGUUUUUUUUUUUUUUUAUUUGUAAUUGUUUGAUAUGGGGUUCUAUAAAAUAAAAACAAUAGCAAAAUAUAUGACAAUAACUCCAAGUAGCAAAGUUUUGUAUUUGAGUAUUUAUUUAUUUAUUCUUCAGUAAAUAAUCAAUCGGUUCUUAUAAUUUGUCUCUUUUCCAAGUAGGACCUCUUUAUUACUAAUUCGAUCUUUCCAGCUAAUUAUGUCCGUUCUUUUCCGGCACCACAUUUCAAAUGCUCCUCUAAGGCUCUCUAUGUCUUUCUAAGUUAAUGUUCAUGUCUCACAUCCAUACAAAGCUGUACUUCAGAUCUUCAGAUCAGUCUUGAUAAGUCGCUUUCUAAUGUACAUAUAUAUAUACAUACAUAUACACAUACAUAUACACAUACAUACACACAUACAUACACACACAAAUAAUAAAUCUACCCAGGGAAGGAUGGUGGAUAAGGAUGAAGGGUAAAAAGUUAGCAUGUGAAUUUCCUACGAUGUGGUCCAUCAGGGGAAAUUAACUAACCGCAUUCCCAUCAUUUUAUUCAUAACCAAUGUUCCACCAUUGAAUACUGUUGAAUGUGAAUGUGAAAGGGACUCCAUUUUCCGCACUUAGCCUCUCAUUUGGGCCAUUGUGCGUAUGAGUCGUGGCUAGUGCAGCCAACCUAGCUCCGUCCAGAAGCGCAGAAGCUUCCUGGGUUCUUCACAUUGAAUACUGUUAACACAGGCGGGUGUAUCGUUCCGUUUUUCUACAUAAAAAAAGUCGUAAAAUUAAUAUCCCAGUAAAUUCACCAGAAUGGGUUAACUGGCUUGACUCCAUCCCUAUAGUCUCGCUGUACACUGGUGCCCCUCGUGUAUAGGUACCGUUAGCACAAGUGGGUGCUUCAUUCCAACGUUAUCCUUAAAAAAAAAAAAUGUUAUUUCUCGUACUGGCAGUCUCUUUUAAUUUAUAUAACUGACAAAAAAAAAACUAUAUGCAGUAUUUUGAAUGGUUUAGAAGAAACGGUUUGGUAGUACUGUAAAUUUGGUAUGCUAAAUUUGAACAGCAUAUGGUACAUGGUACGCCUAUUUACAUCUACAUCUGUGGCAACACUUGUGAUAUACUAUUAGUCAGUGAGAAUAUUGCUUCCCGCUGUCAUUUUUUUCGACUAUUUAUUUUUUUUAAUUAUAAAACCUCCCAUAGGGUCAUGUGUCUACAUAAAUUCCUUACUUUAAGUGCAUUGUAAAUAGUUUUUCGUUUCUCGUAUCAAAUUACUAAGAUUGUUGUUAUGUUCACAUUGUAAAUCUCGUAUUGGCAAUAUGUUACCUGUUUAGUAAUUAAUAGAUUAUUUAAAAAAAAAUAUUUGUUUAUAUCAUUUCUCGAACGGACUGUCCGUUGUUUUCACCCUGGCGCUGUGACGGAAGGCUUUAUUAAAAAUAAUAAUAAUAAUAAGAUCAUAUUAUUUGGAUAUAUAAUGUAUUUAUGGAAGUAAAAUGGUAAAAAAAAUCUUAGUGAUGACGAGGAGCUCGCCUCCUGCGGUUUUGGAGUCUAAUUCAAAUUAUAGAAAUACGAUUGAAAUAUAUAGUUUAUUCAUGAGUUUAUAAUUGAUUUUUACAUUAUAUUUUUUUUACUAUAAAACGCAUAUAUGAUCCUAUUAUAUUUAUAAUCUAAAAAGUCUAAAGGUUAGUCCAUUUGCAACUUGAAAACAAAAUGUUUGAUCACGAAUCCAAGGUCUGUAUAAGUCAAUUUUGUAAAAAUAUAGUAGUUUUCAGUUAGUAUUCAAUUCAUUGAUAUUUUUGUUCACAAUUGUAAAUGGGAUUUGACCUUUAUCUUAUCAUACACAUACAAUGAAACAUUGUUAUGCAGAUUUUUUGUCGAAAUAUUAAAAAAUAUAAUUGUCAGUGACAAAUAAUUGCUUAAUACAGCUAUUUAUAAAUAUGUUUACGCUACAACACGUAUAAAAAAAGGGCAAGACAGUAGAGGUUCUUGUCUCAUUCUGUCUGUUGCGUAAACGUAUCUAUAGUAAAAGUCUCUGGUAGAUUUAAAUAAAUCCUGUAUAAUACAAAGAGAAAGAAUCGUUACUGAUAUUUAUCAAAAAUCUUUCAAGAUACUUGUACUUGGACAGCCAUCUUGAAUCGGCCAUUUUGUUGAAACGACCGAAUUAGAAAUGGCGGAAUUAUUGUUUUAUUGUACAUAUAUAAAUAUUACCUAUUAAUCUGCGUGAAUUUUAUGGUUAUUACAAUGAAUGGCAACAAUCUGCAAGUGCCUCUUACAUCCCUGUCUGACAUAGUCGUAAACAUAUUUUAUUUUUAAUUUGUUAUUGUUGUUAUUUUUAUAAAAAAAAACUGACACAGAAGGCAAUGUUCUCACUGUUAAGAGUCGAUUUUUUUUCCUAUGUUGGUAUCAUUGGAGUUUGACGAUUAAAAACUUAUUGCUAGUAUGGCAACAAGCCUCUAGCAAAUGUGAUUUUAAUGGUAACUUAUAAAAAAUAACUUAAUUAUUUAUGAAGGAAUAAAAUAAAAAUUGGCACGCAAUUUGAUAAAGAAAUUAUUAGGAGAACAGGGUAAUAAAACUUCAAUUAAUCUCGAAUAUUAAUUCCUUGUUGUAUUCUCUCGUAAUAAUAAAAAAAAGUUUUUUUUUUUUCAUAAAAAUGAUAAAGAACAAACUUCAUUAUACCAACAAUAUUUGCAUUUGUCGAAAUCUCAAUAUUGCGAUGGGGGCCGUCCGACACCACGUUUUAGUGGUGUCCGGACACGCGGCCGCUCGGCCAGACAUAUUAGAAAUUUCUAACAGACAGAUUAACACGUGUAUGUAAUACGCAUUUAUUAGACGAAGAUAAUGACGGGUUGCACAAAUAAAAAGCAUUUAAAUGGCCACGUAGUGGUAUGUCCACCUGUCUAACAUUGGACUACUGGUUUCCGAUCCGAAAGGAAUUAUUAUUGAGAUUAUUAAAACACGGACGGCCGCCAUGUCGUGAAGCGUCCGCCAUCUUGUGUCCGCCAAUUGUCAAGUCUGUCUGCAAUAUUUAUGUAUUUUUAAUUUAUUAUAAUGUGCGUAAUACAUACAAUAAAAAUGGUAAUACCGAUCUGUAGUUGAAAGAUACGACACUCAAUGAAAAUUAUUUGUCUUUAUAAGACAACUUUUGACGCCAUUUUGGGCCAUGUAGGUAAAUAUAAGAUUUACUCCGUACAUACGUAAGUACAAUAUAGAAAUUCUAUCCUCUUUAAAAUCGAUUAUUACAAUAAAUCUUUAACACUCUAGAUUUAAAUAUAAAUUAAAAAGCUUACAUGAUUUGUACAGACUUAUUGCUGUACCAAGAUUAAUAAGUAUUUUAUUUAAUUUGACAUUAAAAUGAAUAGUUUCUACUAAUAUGAGCCCGCGUUUUCUGCGUAGUUUUUUUUGUGGAUCACCAUACGAAGGUAUCUGAUUUAAUUCUAUUGUUAAAAAUUCUAUUGUUAAAAUAAAGCAAUAUAAAAAGAAUUCAUGAUAAUUAGUUCCUUGAGAAAUUGAAUGUUUAAAUAACAGAUUUUGGUGGUGUAUGGGAAGCUUGGCGUAGUGCUGAAAAAGUUCAUUUGAACGAGCGUAGACGAUUGUUAGUAAACCAAAGAUUAGUUUAUCAAUACAUCGUCCAAUUUAUUAAUAGAACAUUUUAAAUUCAAAUAGUAAUGUUUUAAUCGAAGACUGUGUACCAAAAUGUCUUGACAUAUGUAUGGAGUGAUCGUGUUUGUUUUGUUAAUAUUGAGUAUCGUAUUUUUAUAGAAAUUUCUAAUUGUUAUGUAAAUAUUAAAACCAGUUGAUGGAAUCAAAUAGUUUGUAAAAAGAUCUCUUAUUCGUUUUAAAGUACAUUUAGUGUAAAUAGUUAUGUGCAGUGAGUGGACACGACAAUAAACCGUGUCAAGAUCCAAUUGUUAAUUUGUAAAAAGAAAUGACUUGAAAGAUUAAAUAUUAUUAUAUUUAUAAUAAAUU